GACCCAGCCGAGAUGGCAGGGCGGCCCAGGAUACCACAUAAGGCAAUAGACACACCGCCAGGUCGACAGGCUGCCAGUCGCCUCUUCUUCCGCUUUUAGUUCUGCGUUCUGCUAUGCAAGCAUACUCGGGGGGGCUGAGGGAUGCUGUCGCUUCGCGCCUCGCCACAAGAAGGCCGCAACACCACUCGGCUCAAUGUAGUUCAGAGUCAAGUCGACCCGCAACUUGUCUCCGACUCGCAAGAGGUAGCUCCAGGUCCGCAGAUGUGUCUCAAGGACGGUCUAAUCAAUCUCGACACCAUUAAAAUGUAUGUGUAUAUUACGCUUGGGACGGUCGGUUAUGGAGAGGACGGCAAAGGUUUUAUGUGCUCGGAGGGGCUUGUUCGCAAACUUUCUCGCCAGCAAUGUGUUCAGCUUCGGUGGUGGAAUUGUCGCCCAGAAUGCGUUUGGAACCCAAGCUAGGUUGAAUUCCGUCUAUUUUGCAACUUGUUUGUUGUUUAUUGUGGCCUUCCCCUCUACCGUGUAGUGUAUGCAGGCUGGCCGUCGUGCAUCGUACGCUCUGUCUUGGUCCCAGUCAGCCAACUGCAGGAAUGACAGUGGGCCGUGUUCCGCGGGCCCUUGUGAUGGCGUGGAACUGGUAGGGGUUCGAUUGCGCGUAUCGUCGAAAGGUUGGGUGGUUCGGUCGACGGCCUCUCGCUUCGUGGCUCGAUCGUUUCGUCGACCUGGGUUCUUUCGGCGUUGAACUGCUUCCAGAAGUUGUUGUGUUCUAGAGCUUGUAAAAAGUUUUAGUAGUGGUUUGUGAAUUUGAGGCCGCACUCAAUAGAGUGUGCCUUGUCGGGCAGCCAGGAAGGUAGUGGAAGUGGCACAAUCCAAACCUCGCGUUCAAGUUAUGCUUUCCUGAAACACGAGUCAACGGCGAUGGCUAGCGUGACGCCAGUCGCCGCACGGACUGCCUUUACUUGUCCUAGAUGGCGCGGGGUUUCACCCUACUGCAGCCAUGAGUGGAGACGUAUUUAGCUUUUGAACGAGGGACGGCCCGAGAGGAUCAUAGUUUGACGAUUGCGGCCUUGUUCUGAGAGAUUGCGUACUGAUUUGAUAGUAGGCGUAGUUCAAGGACAGGACAGUCUGCGUCAGCGAAAAGUAAAGCUUUACGACCGCAGUCCAUUUCUAUCAGCCAAUCCCACGCGUGCCCGCUCGCAGGCUCAGCCGCACCAGGCUAAAGGCAAGUAUAAUAACACUGCCCCAGCACGCCCGAUCUUCUGCGUUUUUUUCUUCCUUCUCGAAAACAUGUCCUUUAUCUUCUUCAACGCCCCUUCGAAGAGGCAGGCCGAGCGAGAGCCACGUGCCACCCUAAGAAAGCGCAUCCAACGUUGCCAUGCCGUCAAAAUGGAAGCUAUCCCAACAGUUGGCUCGGGCGCUCCCAUCCAAGUCGGCGAAGAGGGGAACAGACGUAGCCCAGACCGAGUCGGAGACCCUCGAUCGCCCUCAGUCAACCGCAUCCACGUCCGAUAGAGCAUACGGUCUGAAUAUCAUCUGCCAAGGCUCGAGCCCAGUCGUGGACAUUGUUGCUGUGCAUGGCCUCAAUGGUCACCGAGAAAAGAUAUGGACAGCUUUCAACGGCGUUAAUUGGCUCCGCGAUCUUCUCCCCACCGAUAUCCCACACGCGCGCAUUAUGAGUUGGGGCUACGACGCGAACACCUAUGACAGCUCGCGCGUGAGCUGCCAAUAUCUAUACGACUACGCGCGCAGCCUUGUGUCGGACCUGCAUUGAAAGCGUACUUUGACAGAUUCAUUACAACGUCCGAUUAUAUUCAUCGCGCAUAGCCUUGGUGGGAUUAUAGUCAAAAGCGUGAGUAUUACCAUAUGGUUUGGGUUGAUGUUGCUAAAAUAGGCAGGCUUUAAUUCACUUUAAUGCCGCGCAACAAAAUGCACUGAUAGAGGAUCGGUCAAUCAGACUGUUUACGUUCGGCAUUAUAUUUAUGGGCACGCCGCACCAAGGUGGCAACGGUAUCUAGCUUGAAUAGCUACUGCUCAACAUUUCUUUGCUGUUUAUUACGGCAAAUGACCAUAUUUUACGUUACCUCGAGCGAGACUUGGAGUGGCUGCAGCAAUAGCUUGGGCAAUAUGGGCCUAUCAGCACGGCCUUUAUGACGAAAUUUGCCUAUAAGGAAUACCCAACCCCUACGGCGUUAGGCCGCUCUAUAAUGGUCGUACCUCGAGCGUCGGCCGUUGUGCCAGGGCAGGCGGAUGCUGAGCCGAUUGUUAUUCACGCUAACCAUCGCGACAUGGUUAAAUUUGACUCGCAGGAGGAUGUGGGGUAUGAAACUGUAUCGGAACACAUCCAAAUUAUGAUAAAAUCAGCUCCUGAAAAGAUCCAGUCACGAUGGGAGGAAGAGGAGAGGGUUGAGCAAGCUCGAGAUAAAAGUCUCUCCAAUAGUUUUGCUCUUCCUCUUAACCUCUCCGAAGUCACGGAAAUACAGACCUUUGUUGGAAGAACAGAAGAGCUUAAGAGGCUCCACCAGAUCCUAGAAAAGCGGAGUGGCCGCCGUACCGCCAUUGUACAUGGCCUAGGCGGUAUGGGAAAGACUCAGCUGGCUGUUGAGUAUUUGAAGACCUACAAGUCCGCAUACACUGCGAUGGUUUGGCUGAACGCGAGAGAUGAGGAAACGUUGCGACAGAGCUUUGCACGCGUGGCUAAAUGGAUCACGCGACAGCACCCUCAGGCCACCUACGUCCGAUCGGCUGUUGAUGGACAAGAUCUGAAUGACAUCAUAGAAGCAGUGAAGCGAUGGUUUGAUCAGCCGAAAAAUGAUGGCUGGCUCCUUGUCUAUGACAACUAUGACGACCCCAAGUUGAACAAAACGCACCAGAGAGACGAAACCACCAAGAGCGCGACAGGACACGGACUUGGAGCCGGGAUUGUAACAGAAAUGUCGGGCAAGGCGUAUGAUAUUCGACCCUACUUUCCUAACUCCUACCAGGGAGCAAUUCUCGUCACCACCAGAUCAUCCACAGUGAAGCUCGGGGAAAGCAUCCGGUUAGACAAAUUAGGAAAAGACGAUGGCCUACGAAUUCUUGCUUCGACCUCGGGUCGAAGCAACCUACAGGAUGACAAGGCUGCAGUUGAAGUAGCUAAAAUACUUGAUGGGCUCCCCCUUGCACUCUCAACCGCUGGCGCUUAUUUGUGUGAGGUCCCGACGACCUGGACGAAGUACCUUACGCUUUACCAGGAAUCGUGGCUACGGUUACAGCAGGCAACCCCACAGCUUCUGGAAUACGAGUAUGCCAUGUACUCGACCUGGAACAUCUCAUUUACGCACAUUGAAGAACAAGACUCUACAGCCGCCAAGCUGCUUACGUUAUGGGCGUAUUUUGAUAAGGACGACCUAUGGUACGAGCUGUUACGCAAAACACACCCUGCUAUCCCUGGAUGGUUGCAAGAUGUUACUGAGGACCAAAUCACUUUUGAGCAGUCUAUGCGAGUGCUCUGCCAGCACGGAUUAGUAGAUGCUGAUCCAGCAACACGAGAAUGCGGAACGCAAUCGCGUGGGUACAGCGUGCAUGGGUGUGUGCAUUCAUGGAUACAACACGUACUCAAUCACCCACCUAAUCUACAACUGGCGAGAACAGCUAUACUAUGUGUAGCUGAGCACGUACCUGACACGACAGAGCCUGAGUUCUGGUGGGUGCAACGACGUCUGCUCCAACAUUCAGAUCAUAGUCUACGACUGGUUGAAAGCAAGGAUAAUGUGGAAGAUGAAGCAUGGAUUUUUGGGAGUUUAGCCAAUCUCUACUACUACCAAGGCCGCCUAGGGGAGGCAGAGGCCAUGUACCAACGGGCGCUUCAAGGGUACCAGAAAGCCCUAGGAGAUAAUUCGGUUAGAACAUAUCCUCCUGCGCUAAUUACCCUAGAGAACAUCGGAGACCUAUUACGAGAGCAGGGUAAGGCCGAAGCUGCAAGAGGAUACUAUACUCGUGCUGAGUAUGGUGUGGCAAUUGUUCACGGGGCAGGCAGCUCACGCCAUGCAGACAUCGUUGCGAAGCUUCAGUCCGUUGGUUAAAACUGCUCCGUUGUCUACAAUCUUCUCUUCCUGCUCUUUCCCGUAGUCUGCACAGCAGUCAUCUUGUCCAACUACACUAUAGCAG